CCGCGUGUAUUUAGGAGUGUCAAUCAUAUGUAUAUAGAAGAAAACAGAUAUAAGAAUUUUGUAAAGUUGCAGCGAAAGCCAAUGAUGUCGUUUGGCGUUGGAUUGUCUAUGAAUUGCAACUGCUGCUUCAGAAUGCCUCCUUCAUCGUACCUUCUUUCCCAUGUUUCUUCUGUUUCACCGUUUUCUUACUCUUGUUGUUGGAGCUCAUUCAACUCCAAUAACCUCAACUUGACUCGGAGAGCUUCCUCUGAAGGGCUUCCUAAUGAGUUAGUUGAAGACUCAAAAUUUGUUCCUAUGAAUGCUGAGGAUGCUAGCUAUGGUCCACCUGUAAGUCAUGUUUCAUUUAUUUUGCAGGCCUUAUUGUUGUUGGGAUUUGAAGCCAAUGAACAUUUGAAGAUUCAACAGUUUUUGAAAGAGUUAGAGGGUGAAUUCCUAAAGGUCAUCUAUUGUACCAAAGACAUGCUUACAUGUUCACUUUGGGAGGCAAUGCAUACAACACAACAGAGUGUGGAAGAAGUCAAGAUAGACAAGUCGCUUCCUCGAAUAUGUUUCUUUUCGGGCUUGAACGGAGAGGAGAUGAUGAUGUUCAUAGACGCUUUCCCAGAAACUGGGCUAAAACCAGCUGCAUUCGCGGCUCUUGUUCCAAACAGUGCUGAUAAACCACUGUAUGAGUUGAUAGAAGAAAUCACAGGAGACCAUGAGAUGUUGACUGGAGAACAGUUGUGAACUUGUGAUAAGAUAAUUGGAGAAGCAAACAGAUUUUAUUGAGUCUAUCAGUAUUGAGUCUAUGUACUUAUAUUUGAAAUAUGUAUACAACUAAGUUGCAACUGCUAUGUUAUGUAAGUUGGCAAUUGAUUAUUUGAUCAGGAUCUUAUCUGUUUUGUUGUAUCAUUCAGAAUUUGAUUCACCAGAAAAUGCAUUGCCUACUGGAAAGUAUAAA